CAAGUGGCGCAUGCGCCCUGAGUCGGGGGCGGUCAGGCGGGCAGCGUAGGCUAGAGAUGGAGCCGGAGCCGAGCUUCGCGCACAUGGGGCUGGACGGGCGGCUGCUGCAGGCCAUCGCUGAGCUGGGCUGGGUCAAGCCCACACUGAUCCAGGAGAAGGCCAUUCCGCUGGCCCUGGAGGGCAAGGACCUGCUGGCCCGGGCUAGGACUGGCUCUGGGAAGACGGCCGCCUAUGCCAUUCCCCUCCUCCAGCACUUGCUCCAAGUGAAGAUGUCCCCCUUGGUGACGGAGCAGGCGGUGCGUGGGCUGGUCCUGGUGCCCACCAAGGAGCUGGGCCAGCAGGUGCUGCAGAUGAUCCGGCAGCUGACGGCGUACUGCUCCCGUGAUGUCCGUGUCGUCGAUGUCUCCGGGCAGGUGGACAUGUCUGCACAGAGGCCCAUCCUGAUGGAGAAGCCGGAUGUGGUGGUGGGGACGCCCUCACGGGUCCUGGCUCACCUGCAGGGCCACAGCCUGAGCUUGCGCCACUCCCUGGAGGUGCUGGUCCUGGAUGAGGCCGACUUACUCUUCUCCUUUGGCUUUGAGGAGGAUCUGAAGAACCUGCUAUGCCACUUCCCCAAGAUCUACCAGAGCUUCCUGAUGUCGGCCACCUUCAGCGAGGAGGUGCAGGCGCUGAAGGAGCUCGUGCUGCACAACCCGGUGACCCUGAAGCUGCAGGAGUCUCAGCUGCCGGAGGCGGCCCAGCUGUGCCAGUACCAGAUCCGCUGCGCAGGUGAGGAGGACAAGUUCCUGCUGCUCUAUGCGCUGCUCAAGCUGGGGCUGGUGCGGGGCAAGGCCAUCCUCUUCGUCAGCACCGUGGAGCGCGGCUACCGCCUCAAGCUCUUCCUGGAGCAGUUCAGCAUCCCAGCCUGCGUGCUCAACGCCGAGCUGCCCGUGCAGUCCCGGUGCCACAUCAUCAGCCAGUUCAACCGGGGCUUCUACGACUACAUCGUCGCCACCGACGAGCAGGUGCUGGCGGAGCCCACGGUGCGAGCCAAGAGGAGGAAGGGCGCAAAGGGCGCCAAGGCAGAGAAGGGCAAAGACCCAGAGUAUGGCGUGGCACGGGGCAUCGACUUCCAGAAUGUCGCCACCAUCAUCAACUUCGACCCGCCACCCUCAGUCGAGUCCUACAUCCACCGGGCCGGCAGGACGGCCCGUGCUGACAACCCCGGCACAGCCCUGACUUUUGUGACACACCCAGAGUGCCCCCUGCUGGCCGAGAUUGAGGAGGCUCUCGCAGGAGAGAGCACCGAGCCUGUGCUGCGCCCCUACCAGUUCCGGAUGGAAGAAGUCGAGGGACUCCGCUACAGAUGCCGGGACGCCAUGCGCUCCGUCACCAAGCAGGCCAUCAAGGAGGCGCGGCUGCGGGAGAUCAAGGAGGAGCUACUCAACUCUGAGAAGCUGAAGACGUACUUCGAGGACAAUCCCCACGACCUGCGGCUGCUGCGCCACGACCGGCCCCUGCACCCGGCCAUCAUCAAACCGCACCUGCGCAACGUGCCUGAGUACCUGGUGCCCCCCACCCUGCGUGCCAUUGCCCAGCCCCUGCUCAACAAGCGCAAGCGACGGAAACACUUGGCCCCCAGCAGCAGCCGCCCCAGGGGGGGCUUCCAGGCCCGGGGGGGGCGCAACCCUCUGCAAAGCUUCCAGUACAUGGGGAGGAGGCCCCAGCGCCCAGCUAGCAAGGGGAAGACGUCCUGAGCCGUCAGCGACAGCACCUGGCUGGACUCAGAAUGGACAAUGUCCCGUGUGGCUGGGGCCGAUUCCCCCGCUGGGCCAAGAGGAGACAAACGCUGCGCCCUGCUGCCCCUGCUUGGCUCUGCCGUCUGAACAGGGGUCUUAUGGGGCACCUGUGGCUGGGCGUGGGCAUUUCCUGCUGCUGGCGUCAGCCACGCCCCAGUGCCAGGCCCCAGGCGCCUGAG